GGCUAAACGGAAGGACCCAUAACCCUGCUUCUUUCCGCAAAUGGUCGCUGCUUCUUCCGCGGUCGUUGCUGCUCUAUCUUGGAAAUUCCUUAAAAUAGACUGUAAAUUGGGGAAAGUCUCUACAGAUGAAGCUUUGCACUAUUUUGAUCACAUGCUUCACCUAAAACCAACCCCUCCUGUGUCAUCGUUCAAUCUCUUAUUCGGUGUACUUGCCAAGAACAAGCAGUAUUCCACCGUAAUUUCUCUUUGCAGUAGACUGAUGUCAUCCGGGUUGUUACCCGAUUUUAUUACCUUAAACAUUCUGUUAAAUUGCCUUUGUAAUACGAAUCGGGCCCGCGCUGGCUUUUCAGUAGUGGGGAAUAUGGUCCGGAGGGGUUUCUUCCCAAAUAAAUUUACUUACACAAGCUUGAUUCGUGGAAUGUGUAAAGAGAGUAAAACUAAGGAGGCAGUGCUGUUGUUUAAGAAGAUGAUUAAGCUGGGCAUUCUGCCUAGUGUGGUGACAUACGGGACUUUAAUCGAUGGUUUGUGUCGAAAUGGAUACACGGACAAUGCACUUAAGCUGCACGAAGAAAUGAUCAGAACUAAAGAUGAGUCCAGUUUGAUUCGCAAACCCAACAUAAAGUGUUACGCUACAAUUAUUGAUGGCCUUUGUAAGGCUGGUUUGAUGGACAAGGCGAAAGGACUUUUCUUGGAAAUGAAGAGCAGGGGCAUAUCUCCAGAUGUGGUGCUGUAUAGUUCUCUGAUACAUGGCUUUUACAGUUGCGGUGAUUCAAAGGAGGCUGAGAACUUGUACAGAGAGAUGGUGGAUCACGGAAUUCAGCCUAAUUCGGUUACAUUUAAUGUUAUUAUACAUGCUCUUGUCGAGGAUGGGAAGGUGCAAGAAGCUGAGAAAUUGUUAGAGACAAUGAUUCAAAGAGGCGUUAAGCCUCACACCCGCAUAUAUAAUACGUUGAUGGAUGGAUAUCUUUUAGUGGAUAAGCUCCACGAAGCGGAGAAAAUAUUUGUUUCAAUUAAGAGUAAUGGCCUAGAGUAUGAUAUUGUUAGUUACAAUGUGCUGAUCUAUGGUUAUUGCAAAAAUAACAAAAUAGAGGAAGCUAUGAAAAUAUAUGAGGAGAUGAUUCAUGGUGGGUUGUUGCCCCCUCCUUACACUUAUAUUUCCUUGAUAAAAGGUCUUUUCCGGAUAGGCAAGAUAGAGGAUGCAUGGAAUAUGUUCAAUCAGAUGCAGCUUCAUGGUCAGAUACUGGACUCAGCAGUCUAUCGCAUAUUCUUAGACGGGCUUUGCAAGAAUAAUCGUAUUCCAGAAGCAUUGGAACUACUUAAUAGCAUAGAAAAUAACAAUAUUAAACUAAGCACUGAGAUGUACAAUCCCGUCCUUGAUGGGUUAUGUAAGUCGGGAAAGCUUGAAACUGCUUUUCAGUUAUUUUCUAGAAUUUCUCAAAAAGGUCUUGCACCAGAUGUGGUAACUUACAGCAUCAUGAUAAAUGGGCUUUGUAAGAGGAAAAAAUUAGAGGAAGCAGAGAAAUUGUUUCUGGAAAUGGAGAAGAAUGGUUGUGCUCCAAAUCUAGUUACUUAUAACACACUUAUGCGUGGUUUCUGUCAGGAGAAUGAUUCAGCAAAAGCCAUUGAUCUUCUUCACAAAAUGGCAAUAAAAAACUUGUCACCAGAUGCCUCUACAAUGUCUAUAAUGGUGGACUUACUUCCCAAGGACGAAAGAUGUCCUGAAUAUCUGAAUUUGCUUCCGAAUUUUUCUCCUCAGGAGCCUACUGGAAGAUGAUAUAAGAUGGCUAAUCAGUAGUACGAUUUAUUCAAUGCAUAUUCAGAAGUAGUAGCCAAGAAACCAUCAAAUAACAAACACUGAUGCUCUUUGCUACUUUCCAGACUCUUUUGAUGGUUUUAUGCUAAGGCAGGCCUCAUCUGAUGAAAUCUUUUGGUGGCAAAUCAACACAACAAAAAGUUGUGUGUUUUGGCUGCAAUGGAAGUGUUAUGUGGUGGUUAUUAGAGUUAGAGGUAGUUAAGAGGAUUGAUUAGUUAGAGAAGGUUAUUAGUAUAAAUAGAGGAUGUUAGUGAAUGAAUGAGAUGUCUUGUGAAAAUAAAGUACAGUUACCUAUUGUUUUCCUUGUUCUACGCUUAACAAUGGCAUCAGACCCCCUACUUUGGCCAUUGCCGUUGCUCCUGCCGGUUGUCAGAAAAACGAUCCUCACAGCCAUCCCAGAGUUAGGAGCUCUGUACAGCCGUCACUGAGUUAAGAGCACUGAAGCAUGCCUCCAUUGUGAAUCAUUACGCAAACCAAUUUGAAGCACUCUUACCGUUUACGCAUCUAUCAGAGUCCACCGCUGUCAAGCUGUUCAUCAACGAACCUAAGUCAGAGAGUCAGCAUGUGGUCUGAUGCUUUGGCCCAAGUAGUUUUCCCUCUGCCAUAUGCCUUGCAGACAUUCAUGAAAGAUAUGCACCGAAGAUGCAAGGGUAAUGGUGGAAACCAGGUCGGUUCAAAAUUAAUUACUUUGAUUGUUUUCGCUAUUGGAACAGAGAGUACACACUGUACAAAGCGGGCCUUUUCCAUGACAAUUUGAAGAAUAUGAAAAUGGAAUGAGGGAACCAGUGAGGUUUUAAAUAUAUAUA